AUGGCCAGGCAUCAUGCUAUAGAAAACCAUAGCCAAGAAAAUGGUGUCCAAAAUGAUAUGGAAGUGGCUCCGGUGGUGGUGGUCAUGGUGCCACUUCCGGCACAAGGACAUCUCAACCAGCUCCUCCACCUGUCCCGCCUCAUCUCCACCUACAACUUACCUGUCUAUUUCAUCGGCACCACCAUGCACAACCGCCAGGUGAAGGCUCGAGUACAAGGUUGGGACCCUUCAGCCGUUAAUAAUAUACAUUUUCAUGAAUUUCCAAUGCCUCCAUUUCACAACCCUCUCCCUGACCCCAAUGCCACCACUAAAUUUCCAUCACAAAUGAUUCCGACUCUUCACGCGUCAAUUCAUCUACGCGAGCCUGUUUAUGAAUUCGUAAACAGAAUUUCAAGCACAGCAAGAAGAAUAGUUGUCAUCUAUGACUCUCUAAUGACUUAUGUUGUUCAGGACAUCGGGUCCAUUCCGAAUGCUGAAUCCUACUGUUUUCGGACUGAGGCGUUGAAAGAAGUUCCUUCCGUGGAAGGUUGCUUUGCACCAGAAUUUACAGAAUUUCAAAAAUUGCAACUAAAGGCUAAGAAAUUCAAUUCUGGAGAUCUUUACAAUGCAAGCAGAGUAGUAGAAGGGCUGUAUCUUGAUUUGCUUGCAAAAGAAAAGACAAAAGGAACAGACAAACUCUGGGCUAUUGGACCAUUUAAUCCAGUGGCGAUACCUGAAAGAAAGGACUCAAACAGCCAUCAGAAAUGCUUAAAAUGGCUUGACAAACAACCCAAGAACUCAGUGUUAUUUGUUUCAUUCGGCUCAACUUCUUCAAUUUCCGAUGAACAAAUCAAUGAGCUCGCCCUCGGGUUGGAACAGAGUGAACAGAAGUUCAUAUGGGUAUUGAGAGAUGCAGAUAAAGGUGAUAUCUUUGAAGGAGAUGUUAGGAGAGCUCCACUGCCAGAAGGGUACGAAAAGAGAGUAGAAGAAAGAGGGAUAAUUAUUAGGGACUGGGCACCCCAGUUGGAAAUUUUGGGGCACCCUUCAACCGGUGGAUUCAUAUCUCAUUGUGGAUGGAAUUCAUGCAUAGAGAGCAUAAGCUUGGGAGUGCCAAUAGCAGCAUGGCCAAUGCAUUCGGACCAGCCAAGAAACGCCGUACUGAUGACGAAAGUACUAAAAAUCGGCCUCCAAGUGCAGGAUUGGGCCUGUCGAGCCGAGGUCGUGUCGGCCAUAUCAGUCGAGAAGGCCGUAAGAACAUUGAUGGAUUCAGAAGAAGGAGAGGAGAUGAGACAUAGGGCAGUAGAACUAGCAGAUGCAGUAAAGCAGUCAGUAAUGGAAGGCGGUGCCACUCGCAAGGAAAUGGAUUCGUUUAUUACUCAUAUUACAAGGCAAAAUUUUUCAUCUCAUAUCUAG